AUGGCGAUGAUGCACGCGUCGAUGGCUGUGACGCGCGCGUCGGCGUCCGAUGCGCGCGUGAAGCGUCACGAAGACGUCGGAAGAGAACGAGGACGCGGACGACCGGGACGGAUGAGCGGACGACCGAGUGCGACGACGACGGAGGGAAGACGCGAGAGCGUCGUCGCGCGCGCGAACGCAAAGAUUAAGGUGCUUGGAUGCGGUGGUGGCGGUAGCAACGCGGUGAACCGGAUGAUCUCGGGUGGACUUCAGGGCGUCGAAUUCUGGACCGUUAACACCGAUUCUCAAGCGCUCGUGAACUCGCUUGCGCCGAAUAAGCUUCAAAUCGGUGAACAGGUGACGCGAGGAUUGGGCGCCGGCGGGAACCCGGAACUCGGAGAGAUCGCGGCGAACGAAAGCAGGGACGCGCUCGAGCAAGCCGUGUCGGGAAGUGAUCUCGUGUUCAUCACCGCGGGUAUGGGCGGCGGCACCGGGAGCGGAUCUGCCCCAGUCGUCGCGAAGCUGUCCAAGGCGAAGGGCAUCCUCACCGUUGGCGUCGUGACGUACCCGUUCUCUUUCGAAGGACGCCGACGUAUCCAGCAAGCCACGGAGGCGAUCGAGGCGUUGCGAGCGAACGUUGACACGUUGAUCGUCAUCCCGAACGACCGUUUGCUCGACGUCGUCGAGGAGGGUACACCGCUGCAAGAGGCGUUUUUGCUUGCGGACGACGUCUUGCGUCAAGGCGUCCAAGGUAUCUCCGAUAUUAUUACCAUCCCUGGUCUCGUGAACGUCGAUUUCGCCGACGUUCGGACGGUGAUGAAGGACAGUGGUACCGCCAUGCUCGGUGUUGGCGUGGCUAGCGGGAAGAACCGCGCCGAGGAGGCGGCGCGAGCCGCCAUGAGUGCGCCGCUCGUGGAACACUCCAUCGAUCGCGCGAUGGGCAUCGUGUUCAACAUCACUGGUGGUCCGGAUAUGACUCUCAUGGAGGUCAACGCGGUCUCCGAAGUCGUGACUUCGCUCGCCGACCCCAACGCGAACGUUAUCUUCGGUUCCGUGGUGGACGAAAAGCACCGAGGCGAGAUCGCGGUGACAAUUGUUGCGACUGGUUUCCAACCAGCAGGACCGGGUGGUAAGUUCCGUGAGUCACCCUCGCGACGAGCACCCGCACCGGAACAGAAACAAGAAGAACCGCAACUCGCGAGGAGCGAGUCCGCACUUCCGUGGAACCGCUCUGAAAGCCGCCGUGGUGGGGGAUUCCUCGGUAGCUUCCGACGCUAA